AAAUCGCGGUGUGCCAGUGAAGUGUAGUGAUGGAAUCGGAAAUCAGCAAGAUGCAGACGAAAAUUCCUUCGAAGAACUUCUCGAUUGAAUCGAUUGUUGGCUUAAACGAUCGUCGUUCCCCCGAAAUCGAUAUCGAGAACAGCAUAUCCCAGGACUAUUCUGGUACUAACGAGCAUUCUGAAGACGAAGAAUUGAAAGUUAGAGAUGGGAAAAUGAGUUACUAUUUUCAGCAGAAUCGAGUGGCGAAUUUUCCGUUUUUCAUGAGUUAUGAUAAGAGGAUGGGGGGCUUUCAGGCUGAACAAGGUCAGCAGGAAGAACUGAAAAGGGCAAGUCCUGGGAGCGUGAGGAGUGAGGUAGAUAGCGAUGGGGUUGAUGACAGGCCGCACGAGUCUCUCAGUCCGCAGUCAGAGCAGAUGACAAACUCCAACCAAACGGCGCCAGACCCAAACAUCAGGAGAUACCGCACAGCCUUCACCAGGGAGCAGCUCGCCAGAUUAGAGAAGGAGUUCAUGAAGGAGAACUACGUGUCACGACCACGACGAUGCGAACUAGCAGCACAGCUACAGUUGCCCGAAUCCACUAUCAAGGUAUGGUUCCAAAACCGCAGAAUGAAGGACAAAAGACAACGCAUUGCCGUCGCUUGGCCCUACGCUGCCGUAUACAGCGAUCCAGCCUUCGCCGCUUCCAUUCUUCAAGCCGCCGCGUCAUCCGUAGGCCUACCUUACGGCUACCCCUCCCCCGCGCUAAUACCCCCCUUCCACAACCCCCAGCUUCUACCCGCGGGGUACCCUUACCCCUACCCUACGUACCCCCGUUACCCCUACAUUCCCCCUACGCCCCCUUCCCCCGUCAACGCAGAAGCGACAUCGCUAAGGCCCGCGUAUUCGAAUUUCAACUUAAACGUUGAUAAAUAAUUUACGCGGAAUUUUUUCGAUGGAAAAUUUUGAUUUUAGAAUUGUCAAAAAAAAAAGUUUGGGAAGUUUGGGUCAAAAAAGGGCUGGGAAAUAGUUUGCUCCUCAAAAAAGGUACGAUACCAUUUUAGGGUUGACAGUUGUAAAUAUUUUUUUAUUACUUAGUCUAUUUAUUGAAUGCUGGUCAUACCUGUGAACGACUGAAUGAAUGAAAUGAAUGAUUUUGUAAGUUUAAUUUAAAAAGACGUUAAUUUGUAUUGUACAGUUAUUUAAAUAAGUUUUGGUGAUUAUCCAUUCCAUGUUUUUUGCUCCAAAAUUAGUAAUUUUGUCUUUAUUUAGGUUUAGAUAUACUAAAUUCAUUUUAAGAUAAUUUCUUCAAAAUUAACCAACUUUUUACAAAAUAAUUAUUUCUUUUUGUUCAGAAAUGUGUAUAAAAACCAAAGUAUUAUAAAUUGUAGGAAGAUUAUUAGUGCAAUACAGAAGAUAAUGCCAUUUUGUUUGGAUAUACCAUAGACAACACUCGGUAUAUUCAGACGAAGGUUGUAUACAGACUUGCGAUUUAUAACACGACUUUUUUUCAAAAACAUCUAUAAGGUACGUUUUGAAUACUAGCUGCCGACUGCAACUGCCAUCCGCACAUACCGCGACUACAUGAAAACAAUUGAUAUCUAAGGGCGACUCAUCUGCAGUUGCGGUCGACAGUUGGUAAUCAAAACGUACCUUUACCAAGACUAGUGUUCGACAUUUAAAAACAUGAUGACCAUAGUAGAAUAGAUCAGAAAAAUUAAGAUUAUUAGUCGCACCUUUAAAGACAGACAUAAAUUUUGCGAUUUUUUGUCGCAAGUCUGUAUAAAACCCUUAAUUGUAAAUGUUGUGUAUAAUAUAAUGUUAAAUUAAUAAGUGUUAGUGUUCAUAGUAAUUAGAUAAUUGUUUAUGUAAUACGUUUAAAUAAAAUUAGAA